CUCUGCAAUCGGGGCGCGAGGGGACCUUCGUCGUGGGGGACGCGGGCGGAAGGGAUUCGGCCGACAUGAGUUUCAGCUUCCCCUGGCAACACCGCUUCCCUCCCUUCUACACGCUGCAGCCCAAUGCGGACACGCGCCAGAAGCAGCUGUCCGCCUGGUGCUCCCUGGUGCUCGACUACUGCCGAGCAGAGCGCAUCUUCACCAUGGACGUGCUGGAGGUACAAGACAGCGCCCUCUUCCACAACAAGACCAUCCACCGGAAGCUGUCACUUGAGAUGAUUAACAUCAUCAUGGAUGAGCUGAGGAAGAGAGGCAGUGUAGAGUGGCAGGACAAGACCAGGACUCGGUGUCUGAUCAUGUGGAGACGGCCUGAGGAGUGGGGGAAGCUAAUCCACCAGUGGGUGAUGAAGUCUGGGAUGUCGAACACGGUGUGCACGCUCUACGAGCUCACGCACGGGGAAGACACGGCCAGAGAAGAGUUCCACGGGCUGGAUGAGUGGCUGCUUCUGCGAGCGUUGGAGAGCCUGCAGGAAGAGGGACGCGCCGAGGUCAUGUCAAUCGGCGACGGGAAAGGAGUCAAGUUCUUCUGAGUGGAGCUGGGGAGAGCCGGACGGACGGGGUUUAGCGUCUGCGUCUCCCCGUCGUUCGUUACGUGGUGCUGCUGCCGGGUCUCGGGGAUGUCUCCCUCCCUCCCCCCCCCCUCGCCGCUUGCGUAUCUUUUUUUUAGUCGAUCGCUUUUGCUGCUGUCCGAAAUCGGUGGCCGAUGGGUCGUCGGUUUCUCCCGCGGCGCAGCAGGGAGCGGCCCGCUGGUUCGAGGUUUUCUUUUUUUUUUUUAACGUGCGUUCUCAUCUCCAUCGUUGCCGUUGAAUCGCGACGUCCGGUUAUCGGCGGGGGAAGAAUAAUGAAGAUGUCGGCCGCCCGCGACGGCCGUUCCAGCGAUGGCCAAGUCAGCGUUCUUGCAUGGAGAUUUGUCUUAUUAAAACAUUGGGCAAAAACAGCGUUGGCAUUCGUGUAGAAAAGUGGUAUUUCCGUCACGAAACAGGCCGCUGUGUGGAACGCACCUUCACGGCAGCGCCUUGCAGCACGUGCGCGAUAAACCUCAAUCGUCGAGGACACUGACCCUGGAAGGUAACACACGUCUCUUGAGAUAGGUGACGUUCCGAUCGGUGGCGUUUUUCAUCAGCCAUGAAGGUAGCAGUUGACGUCGUGGGCAAUGGCCUUCCGAAGCCACAUGGAGAAGGGCCAUUGCCCGAAACGUCGCCUGUUAUAUUUUUUUUGUUUGCUACGAGGGCAGCGUUAUCGACGGGCGUCUUUGAGUUGUUGUUGUUGUUUGCGCUGCUGCACUCGUGGCAACGGACACAGCACCGCAUAAACAACAACAUUGUGUUUAACGCACACGUGCACUGCUUUUGUCACUCCGCUGCUGCAUGAGGGCCUUCCCAUGCCGUGCGGGUCGUGGGAGUUGUUUGACCAUACUUUGCCACACUGGUUGAAGGCGGAGAGCAUAGUACAUACAGUACAACCAUGGCCAUUAUCCUGGACCGCCCUCUGCCGACAACAGGGAGUUGCAAUAAAAUACUUUCAUUCCG